GAAUUAUAGGGGCAAUAUUAUUCCUAAAUCAAUCCCCCUUAAAUCUUAACCUUUAACCAUUAAAUGUUCUGCCACAUGCCUUAAAACCCACAAAUUAAACUUCUACCCCUGGUCUUACUUUGAAGUCUUAACCAUUCAAUGGUAUGCCACACGCCCUAAAACCCAAUUCUAAAGCCAAAACCAUCUGAGUUCCUUGCAUUCUCCCGUUCAAAGUGCACACGCCCAAAAUGAGCAGACCACACUCAAAAUCAAUUCGCUUUCUCGCAGCCCCAAACUAAAAAAAAUACAACCAACCCAUUAAAAAUAGGGUUUUUUCGUCCUUUAGAUGAUUGUUUUUAGCAUAAUCAAUCUUCUGCCCCAAAUUUCUUCAAUUUUGACAAUUCCACUGACACCAUCCCACCAAUUCGUUACUAAACCUCCAUUUCAAGCAACACCCAAAAAGUUAGCUCAAAUUACCCUUCAAAUAUGGAAACAACCCCAAAUCAUCAACCCCAACCCGACCAACAUAUCGCCCACCCAAACCCGACCCAUAUGACAAUCAUCCGAAUCAUGAGCAAAAGACGAACGUGGGUUUCUCUCUUUGUCUUAGUCUACACCAUCCUUUUAUACUCAUCUUGGAACAUGCUUAAAGCAAUUCUUGUUUGGUAUAAAGCAACUCUUUCCCCUUCAUCGCCGGCGAAAGGGUGGCCGGCGGCUUUAUACGCGUCAGUGAUGUUGGGUGCUGUGUUUGGAGUCAUGUCAAUGGUGGCGGCGUUGGCGGUGGCGAUUCCGGCGAUGCUGGUUACAUGGAUUACUAUCCUUGUAUUGCUUACCUUUUGUGGGAGAGGAAGGAAAGAUCUUGUGGUAGAAGGGAAGAAAUUAACGGCUGAGAUUUCUGGGGUUGUGGUUAAGAUCUUGAUUAAAGAAGGGAAUUUUGUUGCUGCAUUUUGUGCUCUUUUGGGUUAUUUUAUGCUUAUUAGGAAAAAUUCCAAUGAGAAUGAUCUCAAUUCAUGAAUUUGAUAUGGGUUUUGUUUGAUUUGACUGAAAAUGGUGGAAAAUUGAUUGUUUUGGGUUCAAAAUUGAGAUUAAGUCCAAUCAAAUUACACUAUUUUGAAAAAAAAAGUAAAUUUUAAUGGCAACAAUUUGACAUUUUGAUGCAGAUAAAUGGUAUGGAUUCUAACAUUUGUUUGUGGGUAGUUUGAUUUGGGAAGUUUGGAUGGUGAUUACUGUUUAUGUUUAGAAGCUCAAAAUCUUUAAGUUAACUGUUAGGACUUAGUCACUUAGGAGACUUGUAUUUUUACUAGUAUUAUGUAAAAUUAACAAAGAGUAUGUUCUAUCAAUGUAAUUUACUACAGUUUAUUAAUGAAUGCUUCUGAGUUGUAAAUUAGCAUAAUUUUUCACAUCAUCGUAUUAUCAAGUGUAUUCUUUAUUUCUGUUUAUAGACCCGAUAGUUAGGGUCUGAGAAUGAAAGACGAUAAAUUAUAAUUGUAUCGAAGGAAAUAAGUGGUUAAUGUCGGUGAGACUCUCGGUUUUAAAAUAUGUUUUUUCUUACAUGGUUUAUGGGUUAUGGCUAAUCUUUGCUUAAUCAAGAAGUAGAAUAAAGGUUGAAACCGAGUUAAGUUUAGAAUCUUUGAAUGGUGGAAAUACUUUACUUUUGAUAUACAAUCAAGUAGAAGUGUUUGAAAGAAUUAAUGGAAUCUAAUGAUUAUGGGUAAAGGUGAUGGACCUUAAUGACUG